AUGAAGCCAAGCUCCGUUUGCCUCCUCCUCCUGCUCCUAAUCGCCAUCCAAGCAUGCACAUUUUACAGAUUUGCCGACGCAGCGAAGCGGCGGAUCCACAUUUCCGACGAUCUAGACGACGUUGUUGACGACGAGGAGGACGAGGCAUGGAGAGAAUGGGGCAAGAAUAAGAAGAAACCUGACUUCGAUCCGCCUCCUGAUUUUGACAAAAUGAGAAUCUCCGAAAUCCAGCAUGAAAUGAUGAAACGCCAGUUCGGACCCGUCUUUGGGUUCGUCAAGCUCCGACCCGGCACUGGCCGGGGAAAGGACAUCGUAUCAGAAAUUGCUAUGAAGUGGACCAAUGUUGCAAGAACUGGAGCAAUUGAGGCGAAGUUCAUGGGGGUCGAUCUGAGUACAAUUAUGUUCUCCAUGGAAAAAGGUCAAGACACUAUCGAGUUAAAAGAAUUCUUAUUGAGUCAACCAGAAGCAUAUGAGAUAAAAAUCGGGGAUCAACUGUUUAGACGAGAAGGGGAUCCUCCUUUCGAAGAAAUUUUUGAGAAGCUUCGUGCUGAAAAGAGCAAAUCUGAUGAUGAUGCCGGUUCUAAGAAGGACGAAAGAAAUGACGAGCUUUAA